GAAAGCGCGAUGCUGAUUAACAAAUUGUCAUCCACCUAUAGGUACUGUAGCCACCGACGCCAGCUUCGGGGCCCUUGCCGACCUCUGACAGGGAUGUGACACAAGCUGGAGGGGACAGCAAUAAAUAAAGAUCACCUCCCCUCCUCAACAAAUACCACAAUCAAUUCCAAAUCUCCUCAUACUCCUCAUACUCCUCAUACUCCUCGUACUCCUCGUACUGUUAAGCAUACAGCUGCGUCAUCUCCAUCAUCACUUUUUCCCCAUCAAAUUUCAGUCGAAUCCUCCUUUGAAAUGGCUCCCAAAGUAGCUAUCGUCUUUGUAAGUGCUUUGCUUUUACCCCACCACCCCGCAUUCCCCUUACGGAUCGCCAUCCUCCAUUGACUUUCCCACGACCUCAAACUCAACACUCUCCCAAAAUCGUAAUUGACUAAUGGCGUGCCACAGUACUCGAUGUACGGUCACAUCGCUCAACUGGCCGAAGCUGAGAAGGCCGGUUUGAAGAAAGCUGGUAUCGAUGCCGACAUCUAUCAAAUCAAUGAGACCCUCCCUGAAGAAGUCCUCGCCAAGGUAAGUCGCUCUUCUACUUUCCACCUGCUCGAGCUCAUCUAGAACAUUACUAAUUGUAAGUCAAUGUUGUAGAUGCAUGCACCACCUAAGAAAGACUACCCCAUCGCCACCAACAAAACCCUCGAACAAUACGAUGCCUUCCUCUUCGGCAUCCCAACCCGCUACGGAAAUUUUCCCGCGCAAUGGAAAGCAUUCUGGGAUACAACGGGAGGCCAAGUACAUCCCCUUCUCUCCUAUUUCCAUUCCACCAUCAACCCCCCUUUCACCCUUUCCAAUCCAACCUACUCUCACUAACACCCUCACAGUGGGCAUCAGGCGCCUACUGGGGAAAAUACGCCGGCGUCUUCGUCUCCACCGGCACCCCAGGCGGCGGACAAGAAAGCACCGUCAUCUCGGCCAUGUCAACGCUCGCCCACCACGGCUUCAUCUAUGUCCCGCUCGGCUACAAGACCUCGUUCCCUAUCCUGUCGAAUAUGAGUGAAGUGCGCGGUGGAAGUCCCUGGGGAGCAGGAACUUUUGCGGGGGGUGAUGGAAGUCGACAGCCGUCUGCUUUGGAGAUUGAACUUGCGACCGUUCAAGGCGAGAGUUUUGGUAAUGCCGUUGCGAAGGUGGGUUUUUAGGGUGUUGAUACUACGUCACUCUGGUAUGGUGUUCUUUGAAACGGACAGGCAGGCCGUUGCAGAGAUGGUAGUCUCGAUGAUGGAAGGCUAUGGAUGUGAAAGGGAGGGAUCCAAAGGAAAAGGGAAGGGAAAGAAUAAGAGGGACCCUAGGGGUAACCCACUAAGUUGAGUGUGCACUCCUCCUAAGUCUAGCUUAACUCCUUCUCUCUUUAAUCAUGAACGAAUGAAUGAACCCAAAUUCUCACCAGCAAA